AUGCAACCACCACGGCACACUGCAGAGGCCAGUGAUCCUAGCGAGCUAGGAGGAGGAGGGCAUGCUCCUUCCUCCCUGCCAUCAGCGGGUCGCGCACAACAACCCUAUUAUGGCACCCCAAGCAGCCCAGACUUGGCCAACGGCAUGAGCUUGCACAACAGAAGCAGCGGUGGCAACACGUCCCCUCUCCCGCCACUCAACGCCCUCUCCUUCUUCCUCCAGCACCCAGCAUUUGCCUUUGCCUCUGCCCACGAUAGUCAGGAAGGAGAGCACGCGGAGCAUCAAAGAGAGCCCGCAAAGGGAUUUGAAGGGUUAGGAUCAGCAGCCAGAGCGAAUGCAGACUCAGCAGGCGCCACGAGCGAUCCACGGAGCAUUCCAUCUAUUUGGCACUGGCAGCAACACCGGGAGCAGCAGCAGCAGCACAGGGAGCAGCAGCAGCAGCAGCACAGAGAGCAGCAGCAGCAGCAGCAGCAGCAGCAGCAGCAGCAGCAGCAGCAGCAGCAGCAGCAGCAGCAGCAGCAGCAGCAGGAGCAGGAGGAGGAGGAGGAGGAAGAGGAGGAGGAGGAGCAGCAGCAGCAGGAGGAUGAGGAGGAGGAAGAGGAAAAAGAGAGGAGGCAGUUAAACAAGCUACCAUGGAAGCACCAGCGCCAUGCACCAGGAAUGGAUGGGAAGCUGCUAGAUGCACACAAGGACUGGCAGGUCACCCACCACAGCAGCAGACUCGCCCGUGAGGAAAUGUUUUCCCCCGACCGAGGCACAGAUCAGCAUGAUAGCAAGGGUAAGCCCCCCGCACGUAUCUCCCCCCGCAUGUAUCUGUGGCUGCAGCUGUAG